AUGCUCUUCCGGCUCCAGAAGAGGGUCCGCGACCGUCUCUACUACCGCAUCCGCGCCAUUCGUCAAUUGACAUCUUCCUGGAAGAAGACCGACGAGGAGAAGGAGGUCCAGGAAUUGGAGGAGAAAGAAGCCGUCAGCCCGGAUCAUACAUCUCAAAAAUUGAAGCCGCGCAUCGAGUUCACGGCACGUGUCUACGCUGUCUAUCCUCAAGAUAAGAAGGUCAAGCUGUCGGUAAUCCGACGCGGCAACAGUGACGCAGCCUUGACCCUGAACUACAGCACCGUGGAUGGUAUUGGGAAGAAAGAUUUGCACUACUUACCAAAGAUGGAAAACCUGCGCUUUGCCCCGCAGGAAAUGCAAAAAGACAUCGUCAUCGAUUUGGUCGAUGGAGCGGAUUGGAGACCAAACACCGUCUUCUACGUCCACCUGAAAAUUGUGGACCAGGACGAGGGCGGCAAAACGAAACUUGGUGAAUGCAAUAUCGCUCACGUCAAAUGCCCCGAGGAUACCACAUCCUUUAGUGGAACGCCGAACGUCGAAUUUGUUAAGGGAAACUAUGUUUGCAAAGAAAAUUGUGGCUGGGUGCGGGUCUUCAUCACAAAGAGGGGCAAGACUAAAACUCCCCAUGAUGUCGGCGUUCGUUUCGAAACUGAAGACAUUUCGGCGAAUGCUAAUGAAGACUACGUUCCCUAUAAGAAUGCGCUGUUGUAUUUCAAGGGCCAAGAGUACGAAAAAUACAUCGAUGUUGAAGUCGUUGACGAUAAGGACGACGAGAAAGAUGAGACUUUUUCGGUUGAGCUGCUAGGAACUGAGGAUCGGGAAACUACAAUCGGCAACAAGAAACGCACGAUCGUGACUAUCAUUUCGGACGACAAUGUCUUGAAAAACAUCACAAAUACCAGAAAAUUGGUCGGCUACUAUUUGAAGCGGAUGACGCCUGGACAGGCCACCUGGCGCGAGCAAAUCAUCAAUGCCGCCUCGGUGAAUUCUGGAGAUGUGGCCAACGCUACUGUACUCGAUUGCGUAUUGCAUGGAUUGGCUUUCCCGUGGAAGUUUGCCUUCGCCUUCGUCCCGCCGCCAAUGAUGAUGGGCGGUUGGCUGUGCUUCGUUGUCGCAUUAAUAGCCAUUGGAUUGGUGACGGCCGUCGUAGGUGACAUCGCCUCAAUCUUCGGCUGCAUGGUCGGAAUGCCGGACGCUAUCACGGCCAUCACAUUGGUUGCCCUUGGAACGUCACUUCCGGAUACUUUUGCGAGCAAAAUCGCUGCUGAAAACGAUGAUUCCGCAGACAAUGCAGUCGGAAACGUGACCGGCUCGAAUUCGGUGAACGUAUUCCUCGGCCUUGGUCUGCCGUGGUUGGUCGCCGCUUUCUACUGGUGCGACAAGGGACAACCUUUCGUCGUGAAGGCCGGAGAUCUAGGCUUUAGCGUUGCCGUCUUCACAAUCUUUUCCAUCAUCUUCCUCAUCGUCCUCAUCGCCCGCAGAAUGCUGGCCGUUUUCGGAAAAGGAGAACUCGGCGGGCCACCAGGUCCAAAAAUCGCAUGCGGCGUCUUCUUCAUCCUCCUCUGGGUCGCUUAUAUCGGCCUUUCCAUCUGGAAAACACAG